AAACAACAAUCAACAUACGCUACGUGCUUAUUAUACAGUUGCCUGUACCUGCUGGCCAUACAAAAAAUGAGUGAUUCAGAGGAAAGUGUCAGCAACGGCAGUCAUCUUGACAUACCUAUAGAUAAAUCUACAUCCAUUCUGAAUACAAGUGCGGACAGCAGUUCAAGUCCAGCAGUUACAAGUAGGAGGCCUAUAGCUGAGAGUAGGUCACCCUCAACCCCAAAAAAGGAACGGAAGGAAAUAAAGAAACCGGUAAAAAGAUCGACUCCUAAAUCGGAUAUUCCGAACUUGUACACGGUGGGAUGUAUCAUAAUGACUGGUAUAGUUUUGUUCUAUACGUUCUAUAACCUGAGGGUGACUGAGACUACUGCACACAAGCUGCAGUUUAAUUACACCAUGUUCAGUGAAAGCAUCAACGACAUGCAAGAGAGCUUCCCGAAGCAGUCGCAUCGAGGAUGGGUGGUGAUAAAGACCGCCGUGAAGGCUUCACUGCACCACCCGAAGCCGACAUCACCGGCUGUGCUACUGUUUGCGUCGGACGCCUCAGCCAGGGGCACGUCGGCCUGCCUGGUGCGUAAAAUCUCACGUGUGAUCGAGACACUGACGACGAACUCUGACCUUGUGCAGCGCAUUGACUGCCAGACGUAUGCGAAGAUGAGCGUCGCCGACACAAAGAAAGAUCUAGAAGAAAAGCUGUCUGAAGGCCUAAAGGAGGACAUGCGUGUGAUUAUCAUUGACAGCAUCGAGAAACUGCCCGCAUUUGCAUCGCAGCUCCUCUAUGGCUUUUGCGACAACAUACAUGCGCCAAGGAAUUCUAUGGUGUACUUGCUCACGCUCAACCUUCCUAACUAUUUUGAAAAGAAUGGAACGGCUGAUGAAAUUGUGGAGAAUUUCCUCUAUGAACAGUGGCAUGAACUAGGAACGGAUCAACUGAACCCUUUAAUGUCACGUAUUGCUAACAGUGUUGUGGCGGUGAAUCCAGACAGAACCUGCUAAGAAAGGGCAUGUGCACGCAGAAUCCUAAACAUUUCACUGGUCAAGAGUGUCAUUCGUAGAAUGAUCGCAAUCAUGGCUGUUAGUUUGUUUACACAUUUUUUUAAAUCUGCUGACAGAUGGCGUUACUGUCUAUGUCAGGUAUUAUCUCAUACAUAGAUGAGUUAAUUUAGAAAAAGAUGUUGUAAUGAUUCUGGCAUUAACUAAAAAUGUCAGCUGUUGGAAACUUUAAUGGCUAAGGUGAAGAUCAUAGUAACGGGCUUAUUACCAUGUAAUUUCUGUAAGGGUUAUCAUUGAAUUACAAAAUAACAGUUUAAGGCAUCAGUGAAGCAGAUCCUUAGAUAGCAGAUGCUUAGCAAGAGAUGUGGUGAGUAGUGGACGUCAGACUAGCCGACAGUGUACCAGCAAAAUACAAAGUGAAAAGGGAAAUGGUUGAGUGACAUCUUAAAACAGGCAGGCAGGCAUUGUUUCAAAUUGCUGAGUGUGACAGUCACAGGUGGUGCCAUUGGUGACCGGUGUCAUGUAGUGUACAGAGCUUCAUUGAGUUUUCAGUACAUUUCCAAGCAGUUGUUGAAAGUGAGUGUACCACUGCUUGAUUCUAUCCUCCCUAGACUUUCCCUUGAUGAUUCCCUGUUUCGCAGUUUUUUCAACCAGUGAUAGAAUUGAUCAGCCUCCAGCUUUCUCCAUGUUUACUCUUUGCAUCUGCAUUUUUAACUUGGGUGAUCAUUUCAUCCAGUUCCUCUUCUUGGAUAUCUUGGUACACCUGUUUUAGUUCCUCUUUCCUCUUUUGCAAAUGUUGUUGCGACUCUGUGUUGGCAUCAUUUUGAUAGUUGGUGAAUGCAUCCUGUACUUCCUUCCUUGUUUGUUCUACUCGAGGGUCAUCAGCAAUCUCUCUUCUCCUUAUCCUCUUCUUUACCGGUAGCAAUUUCUCUGCAGCUUCUGCGUUUACUUGCACUAAUUUGCCAUACUGUUCUGUAACAUUAUCACUGUCGUUGGAUAGUUCAGUAAAUCUGUUUUGCCCAGUGACUGUGUA